CUGACAUCGCUUUACCAGGUUUUUAACAUCCUGAAGGAAGUUAAAAGUUAUAUGAAGUAACACAAAAUGAAUCCAUUGAAUUUUGUAAUUGUGACAAUUUUGUAUUGUUUCGGAGGGAUUUGCAAAGGUCAGUUAGUCUUUGUUUCACAAGAUGAAGCGAAAUGGAACGAAUCUAGAUGCACCUUGGCAGAACCAAAUGUGAUCUGCAGGGAUGAUGGCUCUUGUAUUGUUGAAAAUGGUUUGGAUUUUCUUACAAAUGCAGAAGAUCAAGACAAUGGAUUUUGGAUUGGAUUUGCCAAAACAUGGAUAAGUUAUGCUUAUGUUGGAUGUGGGCAAUUGAAUUCUGGAGCCGAAUAUUCUGUUUCAACUCUGGGCGAAUGUAGACGUACAACAGGAUGCAAAACGUUCGGUAUACAAAAAUCAACAGCGGGUUUGCGAUGUAAAUGUGCCAGUAAUAACGCACCGUGGAAACAAACAUGCGGAGAAAAAUGUGAAGAAGCUGAUCAAUAUCCAUGUGGUGGCGCGGCGGAUACAAACACAUUCUCAGUUUACACUGUAGAAAAUGUUCCUUCUAGCGACCAUGCACAAGACAUUCACAGAAACUGCCUACUGUUCUAUUAUAAGUACAGACCUAGAAAUGAUUAUUUUUGGGAGUCAUGCAAUUUAGUCUACGCACCAGCACUAUUAUGCAGCAACAAAUAUUUUACAGACAUGCACGGUACUGUUAUAGAAAACAACCCGAUGGCGGAAGUACAUGAUCGAAUUUAUUCAAACUGGGCUCAGGCUGUUGAAAGCUGCAUCGUUCGAGGAAAAUUCCCUGCAUCGAUAAAAAGUAUUAAAAAUGGGAAUUUUACAGACAAGAAAGCUCAGAACCACUGGACAGGGAUAAUUAAAACAGAAUCUAUUAUAUCUCUGAACGAUAUGCUUGGUAAUAGCACCAAUCCACCUUUGACGUAUGCAUAUGUGGAGAAGAUGAACCAGACUUUUUACGUCAGAUUUGCAAACAAAGGUGACUUGAAAAAAAGCUUGUGCGCAGAAGGUACGUUGCCGUCAACCGCUUAUGGCAAUACAACAUACACAGAUCAAACACAAGCGCCAACAUUUAAUACAACGCCAAUAUCGCUUCCGGUACCUGAAGAAACAACAGAAUCAUCUAUAGACAAGGACGAAGGAGGGUCAUCCACUGAUAUAGUGGUCGGUGUGGUUAUUGCUGUGACAUUACUUGUUGUUGGAGUACUUGCAGUUAUGAUUAAGAGAAGGGGCAUGCUCAGGGCUUGCUUUAAAAACACCGCGACAGCAAAGUCUUCAGGACUGCCAGACACAGCGGUGUCCACUUCUUUGGACAAUCAACAGCGAGUUGAAUAUGUUAACACAGCAAACAAUGGAAUGGACAAAAACACUGGAAAGAGCAUAAAGGGAAAUACUUACGAAAAGCUUAACAUGACUACGGGUGUUGACAACUAUCUCUCAAUCGAAAAAAUAAAUGCAGUCGAGCAUGAAUAUCAAAAUACAUGAAUGCAAAGAGGAACGUAAAAUGCAAAGCAAAUAUUUGUUUUUUAGCUGUUUUUUCAUAUAUGGUACAUUUAUUUAUCAAUUACAUCCAUAACAUAACGAUAUGUUUGUAUUAACAUAAAAUGUCAUAAUAUUGCUUUUUUAAUGAUUCAACAUAAUUAUACAUAUAUUUGUCAGUAAAUAAUUUUAACCGGUUCUAAACUGGCUCAAAACAAUUGACAAAAUACGCAAUAUUAUCCCAGUAAUUUUUAUUGUUUCAUUAAUAAACACAAAAACAUAUCAUAUCAUAUUGUUUAAGUUUCAUUUUGCAUGUCAAUCAAUUUCACCAAACAGUCACAGAAAGCAACAUGUUCAUAAUUGAUUAAACGAAGACGGGAUUUUCUGAUAUUACUUGUGAAGCUAAUAUUGUCUUCAUUUUUAGCUCUACUGGCCAAAGGCCAGAAGAGCUUAUGCGAUGGUAAUGUGUACGUAGUAUGUGCGUCCGUGCGUUCGUACGUCCGUGCGUCCGUGCGUCUGUAAACAAUUGCUUGUGAACACCAUACAGUCUUCAGUUUUGAUUGUAUCUCGAUAUAACUUGUACAGUAUUUUAAUAUCCAUUAAAGCUCGGUUCCUUUUGAAAACCAUCCAGAUCCGCCUAUGCAUACUUAGAUUAUUGGUCUUGAAAGUAUAAAAAAAUGCUUUUUGUUAGCUAAGUCUAUUUUUAGCCAAGUUUACAUGUAAAGUCACAAUUGCUUUUUGUUUUGUUUGUUCAUGUUUGAUUAUGCAACAAUUUAUGAACUUCGAAAUAGCAAACAACUAGUUCACUGAAGUAGCUGUCUAGAUAGUUUUUCUCUGCUUCGUGCUGAUCCUCAUGGUUCUUUGAAGAACAUGAGAACCAUGAUUCUGAAUAUUUACAUGCGCCUGGAACGUGAGUGAAGUUAUAUAAUUGUAUUAUUUAAAAGUUGACAGGUUUUACCAGGUUUGUUUUAUUAAGCGUUUUAGCAAAGCGAAAGUAGUUCCGAGAUUGCACACGGUACUCGCAUGAUACGGAACCAGAAAACGACAGUAUGAUGAUACGGAUUUCUCAAUACGACGUGCUGUAUUUUCACUGUUGGAUAUCGAAAAGGAAUUUGAUAGGCAUAUAAUAAAGAAUAAGACUGUUCUAGUGUCCUUCAAAAUGGCAUUUUUAUGCCAUUGAAAAAAUUCCGGGUAGCUAUUAUGUAAAUAAUAUCACAGCAUUAUUUUAAUGUUUCGUGUUAAUGUUGUUUGAUGUCAAAAUUAUAAUCAACACUUUUGUAUUUACAGUAUAUGCAGCAAUUGGUUUAUAGGUCCGGGUUUGUAACUAUAUACUGAAUAUCUACAUCCUUAGCAUCCAUUGCAUACGUAUCAGAAACAUGUAAGGUAAUUUCACUUCUUGUCCCGUUAGAGGUGUCACGUAAUAUUUAGCCAUGGAUUUCCGAAAGCUGUCAUAACAUAGGUAAAUAUUAUAGAUCGCAUAAACAGUGUGUGUAUACCACGUGAUAAAUUACGUCAUAUAAGCUAUGUCGGAUUGCAACAUUUUACUUGAAAUGAAGACUUAAA